CGCGUGAGCUGUUUUAUCUAUGUACAAAAUGACAAUAAACCUAUAGGCUAUAAAGCUGCCGCGUGCUGCCGACUCAUAAACCAAAAUUCAGUAACACCCAUGCUUACUUUGACAAGUCGGUGUCAACUUGAAGAAGCGGUAUUAGUGAUAGCACCAAUUAUCAAGCCAGGCUGCUUUGCAACAAUCUAGUGCAGUACCAAAUCAGCUCAUAAUCUGCCAGAUUUUUCACAAUACUGCAAACAAGUAAUUCAAUAAAUCUUACUUUUCACUAUGCCUGACGAGGAAGCGAAAAUGGUUCUAGAACUAGGGAGUGAUGGAGAUCAAGACCUAGAUAAACUCCACAAACAAGCAACCGUAAAAAGAAAGUUGAAAGAGAAGAACAUAUGUAAUAAUGGUGAUUUAAGGUUUCCAACAGUUGGAUAUGUAAAUGAAAAUGACGACAAAGUAGAAAAUAAAACAAGCUAUCCCAUUGUAUCGGACAAUGACAUUGAUUUUAUGGAUGUUGAAAACAAAAAUAGAACAAAAAAACAAAUCAAACAAAUGAUAAGAUACGAUCCUUUGAACCCUGAUCAUAAAAAAUACGUAAUAGGAGGUGCAACUGAAAAAACAGAAGAUUCUCCAAAAAAAAAGAAAAAAAAGUUAAAAGAUACUCAAAGUGAUACGAAAACUACCGUGGUGCGCGUUUCCAAAGUACAAUACUCUGAAAGUUUUAAUGAAAGCCUGAAAAAUAUAGGAAAAGAGACUGGUGGAUUUAGUUUAUCUCAAAUUGUUGGACAAACUCAAAAGGAUAAUGUUUCAGAUGAAAGAAUUCCCCAAAAUAAUUUACAGAUAAAUUAUGAUGAAUUAAACUUUGAUUCUGGUAAAAAAAAAAUUUUCCAAUAUGAUUCUUCUGAUUCAUCAUCAGAAGAGGAGAAUGAAAAAAUUGAUGUCAGCUACAAGGAGAAAGCAGAACACAAUAAUAAUGAUAAAAAUGCUAUCAAAGAAAAUAGAUUUUUUUCAACUUCUAUCAAUGAUUCAUCAAUUCAAGAGGCAUAUUCUUUCUUUAAUCCUGAAAAUAAAAAGGGGAUAGAAGAUCACUCAAAAAAGAGGAGGAUGUUAAAGGAAAUUGUUAGAAAAAAACUUAGGAACAAUACGAGGAACCUGAAAAAGAAAAGAAGAGGAACUAAAUAAAAAUUGACGGUGAUAAGUUUGUUGUAAAUAAGUAAACUUGUUGAAAAUAAAUUU